AUGCAUGGACCAUGUGGUAAAGCUAAUCCAACAUGUGCAUGCAUGAAGAAUGGGAAGUGUACUAAGUACUUCCCAAAGAAAUUCCAGAAUUCUACAACUAUUGAUGACAAUGGGUAUCCACAUUAUCGUAGAAGACAGUCUGGCAUUAAAGUUCUGAAGAAUGGAAUUGAACUUGAUAGCAGGAAUGUUGUACCUUAUAACCCAAAAUUGCUAAUGAGGUAUCAUGCGCAUAUUAAUGUCGAGUAUUGCAACAAGUCAAAUUCCAUCAAGUAUCUGUUCAAAUAUGUUAACAAAGGAUCAGACAGGGUCACUGCUGAGAUUACAACAACUGCUGAAUCAUCUGGAAAUAAACGUGUUGUUGACGAAAUAGAGCAGUACUAUGAUUGUCGCUACCUUUCACCGUGUGAAGCAGUUUGGAGAACUUUUAAGUUUGAGAUCCAUGAAAGGUGGCCUCCGGUAAAAGGAUUAAAAUUCCACCUUGAGAAUCAACAAUCCGUUCUUUUUGGAGAUCAUGAAGACAUUACGGAUGUACUGGAUAAAAAAGGACUAUACCACAAUGUUUUUGGCGUGGAUUUGACCUACUCUGAGUUUCCAAGUAAAUUUGUGUAUAAUGAAAAGUUCAUAAUAUGGGAGUUGAGGAAACAAGGAUACUCAAUUAGAAGACUAACAUAUAUUCCACCAGGUACCGGAGAAUUAUAUUACAUGAGGAUGUUAUUGGCUGUUCAAAGAGGAUGCAUUAGCUUUGAGAGCAUAAGGACCGUAAAAGGGGAAAUUCACAGUACUUACCAAAAAGCAUGUUAUGCUCUUGGGUUGUUGUCUGACGAUAAACAGUACAUUGGUGCUAUCAGAGAGGCCAGUGAGCUUGGAUCAGAUUUUACAUGCUUCUCAAAUUAUGACUUAUCUGGGGUGGAACACUACCAGAAUAAAUUUGGUGUGGAUGAGAUGACAUACAAUAGUGAAGAAAUGCAAGACAUGCAUGCAAACCUGGUGUCAUCCUUAACUGAUGAACAAAGAAAAGUUAGCAAGGGUAGCUUGAAGGCUAAGUUGUUGCAGCAAUCUUCUUUGAUCAUAUGGGAUGAAGCGCCUAUGUUGAACAUAUUUUGCUUUGAAGCUCUUGAUAGGACACUCAAGGAUAUAAUGUCAUCUGAGAAUCGAGCAAAUGCCAAUAAACCGUUUGGAGGUAAGGUAGUUGUAUUAGGAGGGGAUUUCAAACAAAUACUCCAUGUUAUUCAAAAGGGGUCUAGACAAGAUAUAGUUACAGCAACUAUUCUUAAAUUGGGAAACGGUGAAUCAACACCCAAUGAUGACGGCAAAAUGCUUAUUGAUGUUCCUCAUGAUAUUUUUAUUACUGAUCCAUCUGAACCGUUGCUCCAACUUAUACAGUUUUUUUAUCCAGAUAUGGUUUCUCAUCUUACAGAUCCAACCUUUUAUCAAGAAAGAGCUAUAUUAGCCCUCACAUUAGAAUCAGUUGAAAAAGUCAAUCAAUAUAUUUUAUCUUGCAUUGAAGGGGAAGAAAAGAAUAUCUGA